AUGGCGGUGUCCUCGCCUUCUUCUGCUCCGGAGAAGAAGAGGAAGUGGCUGCUCAGCAACAGGAAGGUGAUCGACAAGUACCUGCGGGAGGCGAGGAAGAUUCUUGCGGCGGCGCCGGAGGGCGGCGGCGGGGACGCGGUGGCGGCGCUCGGCCUGGUGGACGCGGCGCUGGAGCUGUCGCCGCGGAUGGAGGCCUCCCUGGAGCUGCGGGCGCGCGCGCUCCUCGCGCUGCGACGCUACAGGGAGGUUGCGGAGAUGCUCCGCGAUUACAUCCCCAGCUGCGGCAAGUCGUGCUCUGGCGAGGACACCUCGUCGUCCUCCUCGGCGUCCCUCCUGUCCACCGGCUCCGGUGACCUCGGCACGAUUUCCUGUGCCAAGCUCCUCUCGCCCGACCGCCACCGCUCCGACGACGCGGAGCCUGACGCUCGGCCUGUCCGCUCCUUCCGCUGCUUCGACAUCUCCGAGCUCAAACGCCGCGUCCUUGCCGGCCUCUCCAAGAACCCAAACACGGACACCCAGUGGAGGUACUUGGUCCUCGGCCAAGCUUGCUUCCAUCUUGGCCUCAUUGAGGACGCUAUGGUGCUGCUCCAGACCGGCCGCCGCCUCGCUUCGGCGGCGUUCCGCCGCGAGAGCGUGUGCUGGUCGGACGACAGCUUCUCGUCGUCCGCCGCCGCGGCCGCUGCUCCCUCCGUCCCGUCCGGCAAAACAUCCAAGUCCGGCUCGGCGUUCAUAAUCCCGGCGAUGGAGUCGGAGGCCGUGUCCCAGCUCCUGGCGCACGUGAAGCUCCUGCUCCGGCGCCGCGCGGCUGCCAUGGCCGCGCUGGACGCCGGCCUCCCUGCCGAGGCCGUGCGCCAUUUCACCAAGAUCCUCGAGGCACGCCGUGGCGUGCUGCCGCACCCGUUUGCCGCCGCCUGCCUCGUCGGCCGCGCCGCCGCGUUCCAGGCCGGUGGCCGUCCGGCCGACGCCAUCGCGGACUGUAACCGCGCGCUCGCCCUGGACCCUGCCUACAUCCCGGCGCUCCGUGCCCGCGCCGACCUCCUCCAGUCCGUGGGCGCGCUCGCCGACUGCCUCCGUGACCUUGACCACCUCAAGCUCCUGUACGAUGCCGCGCUCCGCGACGGCAAGCUCCCGGGGCCCCGGUGGCGGCCGCAGGGCGGCGUGCGGUACCGCGAGAUCGCCGGCGCGCACCGCAAACUGACGGCCCGCAUCCAGGGGCUGCGCAGCCGCGUUGCCGCCGGCGAGGCGUGCAACAUCGACUACUACCUGCUGCUGGGCGUGCGGCGCGGGUGCACGCGCUCUGAGCUGGAGCGCGCGCACCUGCUGCUCUCCCUGAAGCUCAAGCCUGACCGCGCCGUGGUGUUCGGGGAACGACUUGAGCUCGUGGACGAGCACCGCGACCUCGAGGCGGUGCGUGACCAGGCGCGCAUGUCCGCGCUGCUGCUGUACCGGAUGCUGCAGAAGGGGUACUCGUUCGUCAUGUCAGCCGUCCUGGACGAGGAGGCCGCUGAGAGGCAGAGGGCAAAGGACGCCGCCGCGGCCGCAGAUGCAGCCGCGGCCGCCGCGCUGGCGGCCAAGCAGGAAGCCGCGAAGGAGGAAACACCACAGCAGCCGGUGCCUGGGAAAUCCAACAACACGGAGAGCGGCCGUCCGAGAAGCCCACCGGGCCGCGCGCAGACGGCGAAACCAAAACCCAAGGCCAAGGCCGCGACCACGGCGACAAUGCCUAAGGCGCCGGCGGCCGUGACGUCCACAGCCCCUGUUUACCAGGGGGUGUUCUGCCGCGACAUGGCGGUGGUGGGAACCCUGCUGUCCCGCGGCGGCGGGUUCGACCGCGCGCUCCCGGUGAAGUGCGAGGCCAUGAGCUGCUGA